AUAUGUCAAAACGAUUUCGGUUAUAACAAAUUAAUAAUCCAGUUAAUACCAUGGCCAAAUCAAAAGUCAGCUUCAAGAUUACGCUAACUUCAGACCCAAAACUUCCUUUUAAAGUGUGAAUCCUGCUUGGUGAGAACUAAUUGGAGAAAGACUUGAUGAAAUGACAAAAGAAGAGGCUUAAAAUGAACCCACAUGACAAGGACUAUAAAGCACUAUUUACUGUUUUCCACCAAUUUUUACACUUUUGUGAGGGUAACAGUGAAGGUAAAGAGGUUGAAAUUAUGUUUCAAAGUGCUAAAAUCAUUGAAGAUACCUGCAGAGAGAUAGAAACUAUUGGUGCCGCUCAGGGUUUUGAUGAGAAAUUAAAAGAGUCUUUGGAAAUUGAAGGAACAAAAGUUGUACCUCUAAAAUUCUUUUAUAACGCAUUUAAUCAUCUACUUUCCCAAUACAUAGUCAAUAGUGAAUUCAGUGAAUCUGAAGUAAAUGCAGCAAUUUUUCAGUUUAUUAAAUUUAAAUCUAAACAAGAGUUUCAGAAGCUCAUUUACCAAUUGACGAUAACAAAUCAAACUGUUGGAGCCCUCAGCACAUCAUUGUCUUCUUCUGAAGCUUUAAGAAAAUUCGAAGCAGAAAAUUUUCAAGAAGAAUUAGAGAAAAUGUUGAUGAAGAAUGACGGUGAUGUUGAAGAAAUAUAUGAAGAAGUAACUAAAUUAGUUUUGGAGAACGGCACUAUGAUUGAAGUUUUCCUUGAAUUGUUAUGCUUACCCAGUACCAGAAAGUUUACUGACUGCAUCCAAGAAGCAGUUGCUCUGUCUCUCUGUGACUUAUUAGGAAAUUUAGACAAUGUAUAUUUGUAUCCUCAGUUGUGUGACUUUAGUGAGCAAGAAUUCCACACCGUAGUCAAAAAGUGGCCUCAAUUUGUCGAAGCUAUUUUAACAGUUAUUCAGGCAUCAGCUGGACGAUUGAAAUGUAGCUACAGUGGAAAUACUUACUCAUGGACUACCACAGGCGCAAGUCCGUGUCUUGGUUUUGAUCGAAUUGUCACCAUAGUUAAGAAGUGUCAGAAUGUGACUGGAAACAGUGUUAAAUUUAAGACGUUUUUGGAACAAUUAGGUGAAGAGGGUUGUAGAGUUUUAGCCGAGGAUAUCAUGCUUAAAUGUCAUCUCAGUUAGGAAUAUCAGUGCCAGAGGAGGCCCCUAUCACCGCUCUAGUGAAGUUUGCUGCUGAAGAAUUCAAAGUUCCUCCUGAGACAUCUGCAAUUAUCACUGACGAUGGUAUUGGCAUCAACCCUUCU